ACACACACACACACACACACACACACACACCCCGCUGCUCGACUCCACCUCACUCAGCGGGUGUGGGAGGAAGAUCCAGCCCAGCAUUUUCAAGGUUAUCUCCUGCAGGAUACGCCACUCCACUCACGGAUCCUAUGGGGAUUCUGAUCGCUGCCGUGUUUCUCUGGGCUGCCGUCGGAGUGGGAAGCCGACCGGUCACCUCACCCCUUAAUGAUGCAAAGGUUGAAUGUAUAAUCCAGGAGACGCUGAAUGAAGACGGGCUGCACCAUGAGUGCGGAUCCCGGCUUGCAGAGGAGCUUAAUGAGGUGCAGAGACACCAGGGUCUUCUCAGGGAGCUGCAGAGGCUGGCUGACGACGAGAGGGAGCAGGAGGAGAGGGAUGAAAGGGAGAGGGACGAGUACAACCUGACCGACGACGAGAGCGAGUUUGAGCAGAGGGACGAGGAGGAGGAGCAGAGGGACGGGAGAAAUGAUGCCGAUAGAACAGGGGACCAGGACACCCGGAGCAAGGCGGCGGUUGAGGACGAUGAAGAGGAGAGAGCCAAAAAGCCAGAGGAGCUGCUCGCCGAAGAGAUUACCGAGGCAAGUGAAAAGGAGAAGGAUGACGAGGAGCUCCAAGAGCUGCUGAGGGAGCUGAAAACGAAGCAAUACAAGGUGAAGGAGAACCAGAGAGGCUCUGAAACGCCGCUGAGAAAGGAGGUGGAGGAGAGGAAGACCACGCAGAGCGCAGAGACAGAGGACACAAAAGCAGAGGACCCGGAGAGGCAGAGGCUGGAGGAGAGGAAAAAGAACGAAGUGGAGCUGAUGGUGGAGAAAGAGAAGGUGGAGAAGGAGCUGAAGGAGCUACUCAGGGAGCGGAACAACGGGAGCAAGCCGGAGCAGGAACGGGAGAAGAAGGAGAAGCAGGAGGAGCUGGAGGAACUUGUCCAAAAGAUGAAGCGGGUGCAGGAGGAGGAGGAAGAACAGGAGGUGCCGAGCGGGAACAAAGAGGACGGCGCCGAUGAGAAGGUGAAGGGCGAGCCGCGCGAAAAGGAGGCGGGCCGAGAGGGAGGCGGAUCGGACGGCGGAGUCGAGGAGAAGAAGAAAGCAACGGAGGCGAGGGAGCCGCUGCAGAAGAGAGUGAUGGAGAAAGCCAGCGAUGAGGCCACGCGGCAGUUUGAGAGGGAGAGGUACGAGGAAGAGGAGGAGGAGGAGAAAAAUGGUGAGGAUGAUGAUGAUGAGGAGGAGUUUGUCGAACCGGAUGAGGAUGAAGAUAUUGAGGAUGAAAGGGAUGCUGAAGAAGAUGAAGGGGAGGAGCUCCUGGAGAUUGAAGCAGAGCUGCGCAAAGUGGCCGCGGAGCUGAGGGAGCUUCGCAGAGGAUGAGCAGCGGGCCCACGGAGCAGGCUGAUCCCCACCCACCCCCACCCUGUUCCGGUCACACAUCACAGUCACACAUCCAUCCAUCCCCCCCACACCCCCUCUUUUAACAGCCCUCGCGGUCGUCACGGCGCUGCGAGAGACAGUCCCUACACGUGAAUCUGUGCGUGGAUGUCGGUAGAAGGUGUGCGUUUCUGUUUCCUCAUGUCUGCUUUUAGAUUGCAGAGGAGAACCCUUCUCGGUCUCCUCAGCGGAACGGGACGGUCUUCUGGAGAUUCUGCAGGGCCACGUCCAUCUCCAGCCCCCCCUCCCUCCCCCCUGUCUGCGUGCUUGUAAAUGCUGUUUGUAAGAAGGACAGGGGUCUUUUCACUUUAGUGGCACUUUCACAAGCUCAUGCACUUUCAUUGGAAUGUUACUUUGAAUGCACAGCACCAGAAAUCCCCGCUCUUUUAAUCUGAACGUGUCGUUUGCAUUGUGUGUUCCUGGGAGGGGGGGCGAAGAAGCGUAACUCCCCCACCGGUCAUCUGUAGACAUUUGGCGCGAUAACCGAUGGCUACGUUAGCGCUGUCUGACUGUUAACAGCGACAAAGGCUUAUGUAGGUCCUCGACUUCCUUCGUCGUUUCUUUUUCGAUGACGAACCAGCAGAAGCACGGGUCGUGUUUAAUUUGGCUCACGCACUGUUAAAACCAGACUGUUUGUAACGAAACCCAAGUGGCACGCGUCGGCGACAGGACGCUGAUGCACUCCGAGCUUAAAAAAGGUCUAAAAGUGCCACUUGGGGGGUGGGGGUUCUUAAUCCCAGCUUUGCACUCUCAACAAGCCAAGGAGCAGUGGAAGAAAGGUGGAGGGACACUCUAAAGCCAUGUGUUGCCAGCAACAAUAACACUUAGAAAACACUAAUUCCCUAGCUGUCAUCCCGUUUUUUUUUUUUAGUGCAAAUCUGUGCUCCUUCAGCCAAGGUUAUACAUGAAGCACGGAGCAACAGCCCCCCCUGCAGGACAAUGGGUAGACACGCACAGGGUAUUUACAGGGUUAGCAAUGGAGGCCCACUUGCUGCAACGAAGCAAUAUAGAAUAUAGCACAGGUGAAUGCAAUAAUUAGCCAAGUGUAUUUCAAUAUGUCAUCCAAAUGCGUCAUAGGGUAUUUAGCAAAUAUAACCUUUAUGGAGCCAAGGUUGCGGUACGUGCAUGUGUUUCAGCGCUGGUAAAAAUAGCCGUCCAGGUGGUGUGAACCUUUUUAGUAAUCACACACACAACGAGCCGGUGAUAGUAAUAGAGUCCGCUCCAAAGAAAACACUUUCCAAAUGAGUAAUGAAUGUACUAUACUUUCCUUAUUUUUUUUUAAUAAAGAAAUGAAAACCUUUUCCACAAAAUGUAACCCUAAAAGCCAGCAAGAAAGCAAAAAAAUGCUUUUUUUUUUUUUUUUGGAAGCUGAGGAAGGAAGGGGGAACAUAGAGAGCUAUCUGAAUGAAUAAAAAAAAAAAGUAGAAACUGUUAGUACCAUAUACAUGAUUUGCAAUAUUACUGGCCAAUCACAGUGAUGUACUCUGUGCCUGCUGUCUAUGCUACCUGUCAAUCAAUAAACAGUGUAUCAAACCAG